AUGGACGCCUCCUCCCUCCGCAUCUCCAAGUUCGAUGGAACUAACUUCCACGCCUGGAAGUUCAAGAUGCAGAUGGUGCUGGAGGAACGGGACCUAUGGGAGGUCGUCAGCGGUGAGAUCAAGGCGGAACAGUGCGAGACUCAGUUGGACCAAGCGACGUACAAGAGGAAGUCAAGAAAGGCGAUGGCAGUGAUCUGUCUAGCCAUGGAAGAUUCCCAGCUACCGUUGGUCCGGUCGGCAAGUGGUGCAUGCGACGCAUGGUCAAGGUUGGAAGACCACUUCGAGAAGAAGAGUCUUGCCAACAAGCUGUUCUUGCGCCGUCGCUUCUUCACGACAAUGAUGGAAGAAGGCGACGAUGUGCUCGAACACAUCAACAAGCUCAAGACGCUGGCGGAACAGCUAGAAGCGGUGGGGGCUCCAGUCUGCGAGGACGAUCUGGUGAUCACACUCCUCGGCAGCCUGAGUGACUCGUAUCAAUUCUUGAUCACAGCUUUGGAGUCGCGCUCAGACACUCUUAGCUGGGAGCUCGUGACGUCUCGACUGCUUCAUGAAGAAAUGAAGCGGAAGGAGCAAGGAAGUAAAGGUGAUGAAGCUUCGCAAGGUCAAGCGUUCAUCACAAGGGGACAAUCAGCGCAAAGGGCGACCAGUGAAGAAGUCCUGGCCGUGCCACAAUUGCGGAAAGAUUGGUCAUUGGAUGGCGGACGUGCUCAAGACAGCGGCGACCGCUAUCGAUCACAACGUGCAAACGUCGCUCAAGAAGAAGACUCGGGCGACUACCUCUUUUCGAUCGGUGAAACGACAUCUGCGAAAUCGAGCGACAUCUGGCUGGUCGACUCCGGGGCGACGCAGCACAUGACGUGCUCCAAGAAGUUCAUGCGGAACUACAAGGGGUUUGACGCUGUGGAUGUCCAUCUCGCGGAUGAUGGAAUCGUCCAAGCAAUCGGCAGUGGGGACAUUGUCAUGUCGAUGAAGACACCCCAAGGGAUGAAGAAAGGUGUGCUCACAAACGUGUGGCACAUCCCAAAGUUAUCCAGAAACCUGUUCUCGGUCGGCCGCUUCACCAAGGAUGUCGGCCCAGUGACGUUCACGAAGGAUGGGUGCUAUGGAGAAGCGAAAGGGACCAAGUGGAAAAUUGGUGCCCGUGAAGGUAAAGGACUGUUCAAGCUGCAAAUGACUCCAGUGGCGCCGGAACAAGCAAAUGCAGCCAAGUCGUCGGGAUGUCAAGGGGGCACCAAGUCGUACCUCUGGCACCUUCGGCUUGGCCACAUAGGUCACGAUGGACUCAAUUGCAUCGUGACGAAGAACAUUGGAAUUGGCAUCGACAUAUCUUCGGUGAAGAAGUGGGACGUGUGUGAAGGUUGUGCUCUGGGAAAACAGACUCGAGUGCGCUUCCAAUCAAACACUACAGCUCGCACCUCCAAACUCCUCGAAGUGAUUCACAGCGACGUAUGCGGACCGAUGUCGAUGGCAACUUUCAGUGGAAAACGGUACUUCGUGACAUUCAUUGAUGACAAGUCAAGAUACUGUGUCGUCUAUCUGCUCAAGAGCAAAUCUGAAGUUGCGGCGAAGUUCAUGGAAUACGCUGCGAUGGCCGAAACGCAAACCGGAAAGCGCGUGAAGUACCUUCAAAGCGACAAUGGGGGUGAAUACAAGUCCGACAAGCUGGCACGAUUCUGCGCGGAACGGGGAAUACAACAAAGGUUCACACCCCCAUAUACUCCUCAGCUAAACGGAGUAGCUGAGAGAAUGAAUCGCACGCUGGUCGAGUGUGCGCGUUGCAUGAUGGAACACGCUGGACUGGGAAAGAGCUACUGGGGUGAAGCAUGUAAGAAGUAA